UGGCGCCUUUUAAAUAAAAAUUUUCGCCCGAUAGGUUGGCAACGUUGCUGAAUGCGGCUCUGCGGCUGUUGCUAUCGCCAUGUGCUAGACAGGCUAGACGCAUUUUGCGCAUCAUAAGUGCAAAUUUCAAACUGAUGAGCUGUUAUUGUCAGAAUUGAGUUAGCUGUGCAGUUAAAUUGAAUUCUAGGCGAUCAUAUUUGGUAAAUACGCUGAUGCAUCAAUCUUCGACUACCGGAUAUGUACUAAAGAAGUUAUCAUGGAGUCAUUUGAGACUUUUAUGGAGAUGUUUGGUAAAUGGAGACAAAGGAAGGACAAUGAUGACCUAGUGAAUCUUUUUAAAUCUGGACCAUCAUAUCUUCAAACCUUGUCAACUAGUGAAAUCGGUUUGGCACUAUCUGAAUUGCUGAAUGACAAAACUGGACUGUUAAACUUUCUUGCUGACACGUCUUACAAGCCUAUGGAGAAUGCUAUUACGGAAGGAUUUAAGCUUUUAAAACUCAUCAUACAGCAGUUUUAUUUGUUACUUGAUCGAUAUGCAAUUGGAAUCAAGAAAGUUUGCCAAUCUGCAAUUAUCACAAAAUGUUCGCAAAUCAUCAAAUCGGCAGCCGUUGAUUGCUUUGACUACCUCAUUAGAAUGUUUCCCACCCAUGAUUUGGAAUUGAGCGAAACAGUCAAAGUUUUGAUCAACAAGUUUCAUCUAUGCUCUGACACAGAGAGAGCUAAGUACUUCAAAGCUUUGGGAUUCAUAGUAAAAUACAACCCUGGAGCUAUAUCCUCUGCGCAAUCCAUCAUAGUUUUUGAGAGAAUCAUGAAUGAUUUUGACAAACUGUAUUCCAGAUCUGAGAAAGGUUCACAACCAAGAGAUUUGGCAAUUUACCUUGAUGUUUUACAAAACUUAUUGAGAGAUUUUUCUCCGCAUGAAUCACAUGAAAUAUCCUACAGUUACUACAAAAAAUUGUAUCGAUAUUUGAAGGAACUAAGUGAAAUCGAUCGAAAUCAAACAUUAAAAUUUGUUAGCCGAGCCGGUAUUGCAGUACUUGGGAGCCAUAUGUCUUUGUUCGAUGAUUUCAUUUAUGAGGAUAUCUUCUUCUGGCAUCAGACUUUAUUGAAUUGGACAAGAUUCCAUGAUGAAAAUGCGAUUGUUGCAUUUAAUGCUUUGUCCACUUUUUACGAGAGAAUUGGUAUAAUGCUGCAAAGUAGAAACACCGAAAGUAGCCGAACAUUAUUUGAGUAUUUCAUGCAGCACUUCGAAAAAAAAAUCACCAACGAAAAUCAGGAGUCUGCCACUCUACAAUUGAGUAUUCGUGGUUUUGGUCAUAUGGCUGGUGCUUGCAAAAUUUAUAGGACAGAGAAACAUGUGGUAGAUAUGUUUUCACUCAUUGCUCAAAGAACAAGUGUUAUUUACACCAAAUACGACAACUCAACAGGUUCGUUGGAAAAUAUCGCAUAUUAUCAGGUUGCGCUCUCAGAGAUACUGCUACAAAUGUCUGACGUUUCACUUGAUCAAAUGGCUGCGUUAUCAUUUGUAUCUUUGGUAUUCGUGAAAUAUUUCCCCGACCUACCUAGUACCAAACAUUUGCUAGCAGUGGAUUCAUUAAUGAAAACAAUUCAUAAUAUCAGAAAAGUAUGUAGACGCUCACACGACGAAUUCAUUCGGCAAUUAGUAUACGAAGGCAUCAUAUGGAGUUGUUCACAUUCAUUAUAUGUUGAUGCGGAGAGAGAACGUGAAGUAAAAAAUAUGAACGAGCGUCCAGUGUGCUACAAAAACUACUUACCGUUGUGGCAACAACUGAUCCGCAAAAAUAAAAUCACAGAUGAUACUGAAGCUUUUAUGAUUUCGGAACAAAUAUCUAAUAAUAUGAUCAAAACUUGUGUCGAGCUCAUACGGAAACUGAAUUUGGAUAUUGAGAAUAUUAACACGUCAUGCGAAGAUGAGGUAUUCGAUGUACCUGUGGCUUCAAAUGACACAGAUUUUCGAGUGUUUAUAAAUCUGGUUGAUUUAUUUGUGGACAUAAUUGAAGAAUUGGAACCAGUCUUAAUGGAAUCGCAACUGACUUGGUUUCUUUGUGAGAUUAUAAGAAAAUCUAAGCAAAAUCCAUCUAUAUCAGGGUUUUAUAAACUCACACAUGGACUAUUGAGAUUAUUUAACUUGUCGUCCGAUACGCGUAAAGAGGGGUUAUUGAACGAAAUGCCCAAAUUCAUAAUUCAAUAUUUAUCUGACACUAUUGAAAAAUUACCUAGCUUUUCUACCGAAUUACAACUUUCUUGUUUCAAUAUGAUUUUCGAGAUACCAGCUCCUAUUGUCGAAACUAUGCUGGACCAAUUGGUUUCUGCUUUUAAAUCAGCUUUUGGAAUUGGACAAAGUAAUUUCAAACUUGCUCAAUCUGCACUUAACACAUUGGAGAAGUGGACAAAAGUAGUAAGAAGAGAGAGAAUGAACAAUUUUUUGAUUCAGAUAGUUCCUAGCUUAGAAUAUUUCCUGCAGAGUAACGAAAGUGCUCCGGAGACAUCGCAGGAAAUUCGAUUCACUGAAAUGAAAAAAAUUAAGAAUGCAGUUCUGACUGAUCACGAGGAAACAUCACAUGAAUUUCAGAGAAGAAUUUUGUUAUUUUUUGGUUGUUUAAGUUCCGAAGUAACUUCAAAUAUUGGAACUCAUCAAUCCUUCGACAAUGGAACUCUCCUUAAUAAUAGAAAUUCACUGAAAUAUACUCUAUUAUAUCAAGAUAUAAAACCUGAGAUUUAUCUUGACGCAAUUUUACCGAGAACUAUUCAAUUGGCAUUACACUCCAUCGACAGGCGUACCAGAAUAGUAGCAUGCGAAGUGUUGCAUUCUGUUACAAUUAUCAUGCUCGGAAAAACAAUGCAAUUUUUAUCAUCCAAUCCUGAUCUUUUACUGCCAGUUUUCAAAAAAAUAUGCCCGGCUAUACUAAGACUUGGAUCGGACUCUGAUCAAGUUAUACAACAAUUAUUUUGUCCAUUGAUGAUACAGCUGACUCACUGGUAUAGUUCAAAAAUCAUGUCACGAUCAGCGGAAACUGAUUAUUUGAUUGAAAUACUUUUCGACUCGUUGACUUAUCAAACGAAUAUGGCACUGAGUGAUUUCUCUGGUGUCUGUUUAGCUGAAUUCGUUAAAUGGUCCAUCAAGCAUUCCACCGAUGAUGAAUUACAAACAUCAUCGACAAACAUAGCAGUGGUUGUCAGUAAAAUGUCGAAUUUCGCGAUACAUCCGUCUUUAGAAAAGAGAAUUGGAGCUGCUGUCGCAUUUAACUAUCUAUGCAGAAUCUUACGUGAAAGUGACGUGAUAAUCAACAUAUACUGGUUAGAGUUGUUAUUUUACUUCAUUAAAAGUACAGAGGGAUGUAAUAACGAGCAAAUAUUGAAGUCCCUUAAACAUAUUGAGAAAGUAAUUGAAAAUAAGCACAUAAUUUUGAACACUCAAAAUUCCCAGCGGCGACAACCUGCAGAAUUUAAAGGGACCUCACUCGAAGAUGCUGCCAAUUGGCUGUUGGUUCAGUGUGGAUCUUUAGACCACAUUUUGAGAUCUAAAAGCAUGGAAAUUCUCCUAGUUAUAUCUAAAUAUAUACCUGGAUUUGUUUCCAUCCAAGAGUUCGUUUCAAAUUAUGUGAAAUGCAAUGGAAUGCUCGGAUUAAAUCAGAUUAUUUUGAAACAUCUACGCCCAAAAAUAGAAACCUUAUCAGAAGAGACCAUAAAACCGCUUUUGAGAACAUUGUAUUGUUACGUUUGGCUUCUUCACAAAAGCGUGAUAGGUUUAGAAUUCUUACUGACUGAUAUAAAUGCAAACAAGGACAUGAUUUUCAAUUGUAUAAUCAAUUUUGUGUAUUUGAUAAACGUAAAACAAGAACAAAAUGAUGAAUCAACAGAAACCGCAAAUCAAUUUCAAGAGCUUCAAGCAUUGCAAUGUGAAACCAUUCUCAAGAUAUUCGAUUUCACAACGUUACUACUCAACAAACUGGGAACCCAAGCGAAUACAGGUUCAUCUUUACAUGUACCUACAUUUUACUGGAACGAAGAAUUAUUUUCAGUGAUAUUUGCAACUAUUUUCAAACCUAAUACAAUUGGAUUUGACUUUGGAAACUUGGUCAUAAUGGAGGAUUUGCAAUUACGCAUUCAACAGCUGCUGAGUGUAUUGAUAGUGAAUUUGGACGACAAAUACAUUACGCAAAUGAGAGCAUUAAUUACAAUCGAGAUCCACGACAAAUACAGAGAUUUCGCAAACAUUACGGUGGCAUCUAAGACUGAUGCAAUUAUCACAUCGACAAACUAUUUGAAAGGAUUAAUUAUGUUGCAUACAGUAGACAAAUGUGGAAAAUUAUACAAUCAACCUUUCGAAAAUAUCGACCCAGCCAAAAAAAUGAUAGAAAUUUUUGAUUCUCUGAAAAAAGAACGGUAUGGUCAAGAGGUUGCAGUAAACGUGGAAUCAGAUGUAAAGGAAUACUUAGAACUCUUGCUCGAAUACCUGUCCCUCAGAUUCGAACCGAGAAUGGUAAUAGCCUUGGUGGAUAUAGUCGACACAAGAACAGAAUUAAUUCAUGAGAAUUCGACAACUGUACUCCACGGAGAAUAUUUCAUGAGUUUAUUUCGAACGACGAUUUUUCGGAAUCUCUUGAAACACACAACCAAAAGCAUAGAUACAUUAUUAAGCGAUUCAUUGCGAGCUAAGUUCAAAGUUGUUCUUGCAAUACUGGAAGACUUACUGAUUUAUGUUAAGAACAAUAAAAAAAGUUGUGGAGAAUUUCUGGAAAAUUUGGAAGAGGAACUCGUAAACAGAUUUCCUGUCUUUCGCGAUCUGACAAGUGACGAUGAAAAAAACGUGAAGAUAAUAAACUUGUACUCGGUGCUAGUACAAUUUUCAAGAAAACCAUCUGAGAUGUGCAAGAAAUCAAAUGCAUUAUAUUCCUGGAUAAUGAAACAGUUUAUGGGCUAUUUCGAUUUGCAAUAUAAAACCCAGAUCUUGACCAGCUUUUUGCCUUGCAUUACGGAUGAAACUGCUCAUAAUCAACACGAAUUCACACGCUGCUUGUAUAAAAUAAAAGAUGAUUAUUUUCCGGGCAAUAUGAACGAUCUCGUGAAAGACAGUUUGCAACAUUCUACAAUAAUUACAUCAUUUCAAACGCUGCUGUACCAUUUACCAUCACUGAAAUCCGUCACGUUUUUUGAUUGUGUGAUACACGUUACAAUUGGCAAUGUUGGAUAUCUCUGGGAUGAUUAUUCAUACAAGUACUUAACUGCUUACUUCAGUGAGAUAUCCGUGGAAGAUUCACAAAAAUCUCUGAUAAUUCUACACAAAUAUUUUAUGAAUACAAGAAACUUUCAAUCGAGAUUAGAUAUCCUGAAAAAACUGCUUCUCAAGUGUAUUUAUUUCUGUAAACUUAACGCAAUCGUACAAUUUUUCGAACAAACCAUCAAAGAAAUGUACAAUCUGAUAUUACAACACCUUCCUGAUGACGAGUCCGACAUGAAAAAUCUUAUAGUCUCCAAGAUUGGGUGUUACAAUCUAUUCGAAAUUAUGUUUGCAACAGUUCCGUUACAGAAAUUAACUAGUGUCAAUAGUAAAAUAGUGCAAAAUGCAAUUGGUAAAGUAGAGACGGGUAAGGAGUUAUUUCAACAACUAAAUAUGAAUGUCCUAGGUAUUCGAAAAUUGAAGUCUAGUAAUCCUGAUCACAAAGAAUUGAUGCGCCUCCUGCAUUGCGCAGCAUACAAUUGUUCAAUAGCUAUUGUGAGUUUGAAAUGCGAAGAGCACUUCUACAUUCUACCAUUUGCCGAGAAUAAAUCAAAAGGUCAAUUGAUAUGGGAGAACAUUAUUGAUACAAAUAGAAAAUAUCAGUUUACGCAAGAUUUCAAAGAAAUACCGAAAGAACACAGGAAGUUAAUCAACAUUAAAAAGCAAUCCAGUUCAAAUAAAAUACACAGUUAUUCAACUGUUAUGAGUUAUAACCUAAUUGCAUCAACAUUGAAUGAAGAUUUAUCCUGUUAUGAUAUGUAUCAUUCUGAUCUAAAAUCUAAUACCACUUCAGAAAGUGUAGGCACUGAAGAAAUGAUGUCUCUGACGUUUGAGUUGGACGAUUUUAAUAACCAUGAAUGUAUGGCACCCAUUUGUGGGCUCAUUACGCACAUGAUAUCAAAAAAGAUUUUCAAUUUACCAAAUGACGGUGAAAAUAUAUCAAUGCCAAAGUGGAUGCUAUGCUUCCAUUCGUCCCUGAGUUCUACAAUGGUAUACAAUGUGAAGUUUUUUAUGGUCAAAAUUAUUCUAAAUUUACAGAAGGUGUUUAAGCCAUACGGAAAGUCCUUUAUCAAUCCACUGUUGAAAUUUCUCAUUCUACACUUCCAAACUUAUCGCAUUAUGAACUAUGUGAUCAAGGACAUCCUAAUUAUGCUGCUGGACUGGCAGAGUAUAACUAUUCCAUCCGGGAAUGAUGAAAAACGCUUAGCUCAGAAUUUAUUGGAAUUGGUAAUGAAAAAUGCGGAUAGUCAUCAACGACAUAUAUACAAAUACAACAUUGAAUUAAUCAACAUGAUUAUCGAAGCAUGGCAAUCUUGUUUAGAUGUUCCUGAGAGUAUUCUUUAUACUUCAGAAGCAUCCUCUAGAUUUACAAUUCGCAUGAUCCUGAUUUUUCUGUGCAACAAGAAACAAGAAACAUUAGCAUCGAGACCUGAGGUUUUGAUAUAUUUGAAUGAGUUAUUAGAAAACCAGGACGAAGAAAUUGUUUUACACGUGUGCAACGCCUUCGGAUUGAUUCUAGAAUAUUUUGAAUCCGUCGAUGAGAAUGAGAAAAAAGGUCAGAUCAUCAGUAAUGUACAAAGAUCAAUUAUAAAUAAAUCACAUGAAAAUCAUAACAAAUAUAUCAAAUGUAUUCAUGCAAUACAUAAAUUCUAUCCAAAUAUCGUUGAUUAUUGUUUUCAACAACUGACAUCUCACUUUUUCAAUGUCGAUGUGUCUAAUAAGGCAAAAUGUCUUGAGCUCCUUUUGGCAGCUCUUCCAAAGUUUACUGAAACAGAAAUCAUGACAGAGUUAGGAUGUAUGAAGUUUCAAGAUAUCCUAAAAAAUAAAAUCGAGACCUGUCAGAAAGUUGCUCUGAGAAUGGUUGAAAAAUUGCUGGAUAUUCUUAGUCCAUCAAACUACUUGCCAUUGGCUCAGUUAAUAGUUCCAUAUUCAAGAAAUGCUUCUACAGAGCAGAGAGAAAUAGUUAUGAAUGUUUUCAUAGCUAUGUAUAAAAAGUACAACGAUAAUAUUGAAGACAACGACGCAGUAAUGGAGUUGAAAGCUUUAAGCAAACGCAUCUUACUGAUGGGACUGUUGGACCCAAAUGAGACCUUACAAAAUAAACUUUUACAAUUUUGGUCGCAAGAUGGAAAUAUACCAGACAAGUGCAACGAAAGGAUACUGCAAAUUUUCAAUAUGUAUGAUAUCCACCUGGAAUCAACGUAUUUACCAAUUGUGCCAUUGUUAAUGUUGCAUCUUGUUAGUAAAGAUCCUGCAUUUGAAAAAAAGAUGUUUGAACCAUUAAGCAGUUGCAAAUUCGAAGACUAUCAAGUGACGAUACCACGACGCUCAGCGUACACCGGAUUAGUAGUACCACUAUUUACGUCAUCCUUCGUUAGCCGUAUCAGCCAGUAUUAUUCACAGUCGAACCCAAUAUUCACUCGGUUUAAUCAAUCUUUGAAUCAAAGUUUAUUUUUGCGAGCUUCGCAAUCCUUACAGUUUAAGCAAACUGUAUGUGGAGAUGAAUCUUUUUCUAAUCUCUCUGGUAGAACUUCGAAUGAUGAAUUGACUGACUCAAGAACAGAUAUUGAAAAAAUUCCACCACCUUCGAAAAAUAUAAAGUCUCAAAGAUUCUUACAGAACACUACGUUUACAAACCACAAUUUGAGACGAGUACAAAUUACAAAAAAUUUGCACCAAAACGAAAUGUUGAAGGACGAAAUAAAUAGCCAGCAAAAUAGCAUCAAAAUGUACAGAAAAUAUAGGAUCGGGGAUUUCCCAGAUACUGAAAUUACACAUUCCAGUUUGAUAAAACCAUUGCAAGAAUUAGCGAAGAAUGAUCAAAUCGUUGCCAGAGAUUUAACACUGGCAUUAUUUUGUUCAAUGUUGAAAGAAAUGUCAGUUGAUCAAAAACAGGCAUUUCUUCAAAAACUUUCUCCAAGUUUGGAACGUAUUCUCAAGAACAACCAGAGUUCUAAACCUCUUAUUGCAACUGUAUUAGAAAUAGUGUUGAAUUUGGAUGAAAUUCGGAUGAAUCCGAAUUUGAUAGCAAGAGUAUCAAAGUCUUCUGGUUUAUUACCAUUGGGAGCAAUUUUGUUGGAAGAAAAAAUUAUUUCUAGUGACUCGCCGGAAAAAACAGAACCUUUAUCCAAAAGAUCCAAAUGUGAGGUUCAAAUUUGUGACGCAGAGAACAACUGGCUACAAUUAGCAAGUAUAUACAAAUGUAUGAAUGAUUAUGACAUCGUACAGAGUAUAUUCGGAUGUGAGAAAUUCGGAAAAGAAUUACAGGAAGCAUCUUUGGCCCAAGCUGCUGGUAACUGGAGCACAGCAAGGAUUGUCUAUGAAAACGCUUUUCAUACAAAUGAAGGUCUGGUUAAAAGUUAUUGCCAAGAAUCAUUAUUCACAUGUCUCGCGUAUCUUUCGGAUUGGGAUAAAAUUAAUCACCUUAUCGAAAUAGAAUUGGGUGGAAAUUUCGAUGCCCUUUGGCAAGGGCGAUUAAACGAAAAUUGGAUGACUUCUUGGGCAUUGCAAGCACAGAUUCAUAGAAUGGUACAAAAUGAUUAUAGCGACGGUUUUGCAAGAUCUUUGACUGACUGGGUGAAUACCAAGGACAAAUUAGUUCAAUUGAAAAAGUCUUAUGGCGAAGAAACAGCAAUAUUUUAUAUCGAUGAAAAUCCAGAUUUUUCAGAAAAUUGCUUGAUGUAUGCCUUGGAGACUUUGAGACAGCAAUGGCAACAUUUAAAUCCACUGUGUUACGAACAAAAGAUAACGAACUAUCUUAAAUUGCGAGGAUUGAGUGACAUAAAAACAUAUCUGAAAGGCAUCAAAGACAAGAAAAAACUCGCCCAAAAUGUACAAUGCAUACUUACCGUUUGGAAUAACAAUAUGCCAUCUAAACAGGAUAACCUACUGCUGUGGGACAAACAUAUUGCUUACAGAUUACAUUUUCUUGGGUUAUUAAAACAACAGUUCGAGGCUGAAGAAUCAAAUGAAACAAAUCAAACGGUAGAAAAAUUGAAUAAUGCAGUCGUCAAACAUUGCUUAAAUGUUGCAAAUGCGGCAUAUGGUCAGUGCAAUUGGCAUUUUAUGAAGAAGUAUUUAAAACAAUCCGAACCAUUUCAAACAGAUAACAAUUCGAUCCUUCACAAGGAAUGGCAGUGUACACUGGCGAUGUAUAAAUAUCUUCGCUAUUCAGAUUAUAAAACCACAGAAAGAAAAGUUAAAGCGUUCAUUGAUUCCUGGCAAGUAUUAUCUGAACUCGAUGUUGAUAAUUGCUGUGAUGCAAAAGUUCAAACAGAUAUCAGACUGCACCUAAGCAGCCUGGUGAUUGAACUGCAAAAGUUAUUAAUGAAACAUGAACCGAUCGGUCAAAUUUUGCUGGCAAAUCUACGAAACUUGCAAUACUUACCUAUUGUGUACGAUCAAGAGAAUAUUGUCACACAGUUAAGUGAUUACUGUUUGAUUAACAUGAAAAAAUGUUACGACUUGGCUAAUGCCAAACAUAAAGCAAAGUGUUAUUUAAUAGUUUCUAUGUAUUGUCGUUCUGUUGCUACUUAUUCCGAAGGUAUGCUGGAACUGUCUGAAGAAUUUGUGCACUCGACUCUCAGUGCAAUGAGCUAUGGUUCGCUUGAAGCCAGUCAAUAUUUUCCGUGUCUACUGAGUCUAGAAUAUUCGCAAAAGCCUAAUCUAAGACAAAUAUUCACGUGUAUAAGUGCGAAAGUGGAGACAUGGAUGUUUCUCAAGUGGCAAGCGCAAGUGUUGUCGUAUGUUGGAACACCUGUAUGUUCGCUUAUUACUCCUAUAUUAUUGAGACUUGCCGAAAUAUAUCCCAAUUCCUUUAUUUACACUUUUCGAAUGGCAAAAAAAAUGAACAGAUGUUCACUGAAUCAUCCAAUCAUUGAUAAGUUGAAUCAAAUUCUCUCAGGAAACAAUGACUUGGAAUUAGUUCUCGAAGCCCUGGAGUAUGUCGUGCAACCAGAGCUAUAUUUAAUGCAGCAUGUGAUUGAAUUGAAAGCCGACAUUAUGAAAACCGAUGUCAAUCUGGCGAUAAAUAAUUUAUUAUCUACGGUUUAUCCAACUACAAAAGACCCCCAACGAACUUUACUGCGAGGAGAUGUCUACAAGGUCAUAGCUAAAUUUGAAAACAAAAUAAAAGAACUUCCACAAAAGAAUGGUCAGGAACUGUCGUUACAGAUUGAACGGAUAAUGAAAGACUUAGAUGAAAUACUUGAGAAUCGUAUAAAAAAUACUCUUAAGGUACCGCUCAAAUAUUACAGCCCAUUAUUGUGUGCAUUUAACGGAAAGAACGUCGAAAUCCCAGGACAGUAUGCUUACGAUAAACGACCUACGCCUCAAUAUCAUACACAAAUUGUAAAGAUAAAUCCCGAAGUGACGAUUUUGACGUCACUCCGAAAACCGAUCAAGAUUAGUAUGCUGGGUAACAAUGGCAAAAAUUUUGAUUUUCUCGUUAAAUUUGGUGAAGACUUAAGAACAGAUGAAAGAAUAGAGCAACUAUUUAUGUUAAUGAAUAAAAUCUUACAAGCAGACACAGCUUGUAGACAACGUCAGUUGUCUAUUAACACUUACCUGCCCUUUCCCUUGACCGGUUUGCUUGGACUAAUUCAAUGGGUUAAAAAAACAAGCUCAUUAGACGAGAUUAUUAACGCGGUAUUAACUAAGCAUCAGACGACACAACGACAGAAAAUUCUGAGGUCUUACAGAGAAUGGAUGAGUAAUCCUCACAGUAGAAAGUAUAGUAGAGAGGCAGUUACAGAAAAAUUCAACUACUGCAAAAACGGAAUUGACUGGGACAUCUUCCGGAACGCAUUCAAAAGCUUGAGUUCGUCAUCUGAGGUAUUUUUCGCACUACGUUACAACUUCAUUACUUCUUAUGCAACAAUGUGCAUCGCUCAUUGGAUCCUGGGAAUUGGCGACAGAAACCUAUCCAACACUUUGAUAUCUUAUGCGUCAGGAAAAGCAUUAGGCAUCGAUUUUGGAUAUAGUUUUGAUGCUGCAGUAGAUUCAUCAGUACCAGAACUUAUGCCAUUCAGAUUGACUCCACAAAUUCUUGGGCUUUUACAACCAUUCAAUGAACAUGGAUUAUUAAAAAUAACAAUGAUGAAUGUUUUACGGGCAUUAAAAUAUGGAAAAGACCCACUUCUCGCGUGCAUGGAUAUUUUCAUAAAAGAACCAUCGCUAAAUUGGUUGGCAAGACAGAAGACACGGGAUAAAGAAUGUACAGAUUCAGAUGUCACAUGGUACCCAAAGAAGAAGAUAAGCAUUGUUAUGGAUAAAUUAAACGGAGUAAAACCAUCUAAGCUUACUCUCGUACAGAUAAAAGAGCGAUAUGGGAAUACAGAAUAUUUUAACAAAUAUAUUGAUAUUAUAAAUGGCACCAAUAAUGGUUUACAAGUAAGAGUACGAUCGAAGAAGGAUGAUGAAAAUUUAAACAUCGAGGAACAGAUCGAAUGCUUAUUGGAUCAAGCCACGGAUCCUAAUAUCUUGGCUCGUACAUUUUACGGUUGGGAACCAUGGAUGUGAUUGAUUUACCGCAUACCUCGUUGCGUAUCUUGUGGUGGCUUGAAACUAUUUAUUUGCGUUGAGGAAAAUUCGCAGAACUGUAGGGAAGAAAAGCAGGUUGUUUUUCAACCUGCUUCAGUCUGUGAUGUACCACAGCCUGCUGGGUACUGUUAACAAAGAUCCAAUCAUACAUGUUCCAAAAUGUGUCUAUUAUCGACAUGUCGUCUCACAUACCAAAAAUCAUGUUUUAUUUAUGUAUUCAAAUUUACUAUAUUAGGCUACUACAGAUUAACACUAGUAUUGAACGCGAUAAAGAAAUUCGUUGUCUUGCAUCCAGGUGUAUGUAAAAUAUGAAUGUAACGAUCGCAAGAAGUUUUCUUUCUUGAGCAUGUAACAGAGUUUAGGAUAGUAUUCACCGUGCUGUCUUGAUUAAAAAUUAGAUAGAAGAGGGAAAAAAAUGCUAGUUUGAGAUCAUAUUUCAUUAUCAGAACAUUUCAUACGAUACAACUGUGGUAUUUUCUCAUUUUACUCGCUGAAUGAAUCCCCAAAAACUGUCUAACCACAUUAGAUAAAUUCUGUACUAUCGUAUUUAUAUAAUACAUGAAUUUAAUUAUUGACAGAUAACUAUUCUAUCUUUAUAACAGAAAUCGAUUGGUAUCCACUUUGGAGACAAUUAUGCUUGAUACUUCUUCCUGGUAAUCUCUGGAACUCUCUAUAGUAAGCAAAACAAAUCCAAGAACAUUGUAACGAGAUCAGAAACAUUACGGUUUAGAGGUAAGAGGUUGUCUCCUUGGAAAUGAGGGUCGAAUGAUAUACAACAAUUUGCGAAUGUUCCGACCCGAGUGAGGGCCCUGCUCAGGACGAAUGACUUUUAAUAUUUAUAUUCUGGCCAAUAUAAGAUAACUUAACAAAAUUAGAACCUAGAAGAAAAUUAUAACAUAACAUAAUUAUAUGAGUCUCAAUCUGAAAACGUUAUCAAGUUUUUGCGAAUUAUUCGAGCUUUGUUUCCAAGAAAACAACUCUGUUUAUUAUAGUAAGGUCAAAAAUCAGUUUCUACAUUACGGUUUAAAGAGUACAAACCACUGUUUCGGAAAAAUUUCAGAUGAUUGCCGGAAAUGUAUAAUUUAUAUAUAUUUGAAUUCGUCGCAGGAGGCACACUAGAGACGUUUGUAUGUGGCUUGUUAAUGUGAGUAACUCAGUACACUACAUUUUAAAUUCACCUAAAAUAUUCGAACUUUGCACUUUCUCGAAGCAUUUUUUCUCGCUGAAAUAAUAGAUAUGAUUCUUACAUAUCGCUUUCAUGAAUGGCUGGGCCCGUUUAAUUGGCUAAAAUAAUGUAGCGUACUGAGUUACUCACGUUAACAAGCCACAGACACAAGUCUCUAAUGUGCACACGUAAACAAGCCGCAUACAAACGUCUCUGAUGUGCCUCUUGCGACGAAUUUAAAUAUAUACAAAUUCACGGCACACGAAAACCAAAACAAACUUCGAAUACCGGUGAUGAGAGAAAUUAAUGACAUCGUAGUCAGGACGGCUAGGUGGUCUAGCGGAGUAAGUCUCCGGUAAAGCAUUUUUGGAUACCAGGUUCGCUUCCUGGCUCUGUAGUUAAUUUUUCAAUUCACCUAAAAUAUUCGAAAUUUGCACUUUCUCUAAGGGAAUGUAUAAUGUAAAAACAAUAAGUCCGAAAAUAUUCAAAUCAGAUUUGAAAUACCACAGUUUUGUCAGAUAGAAAUUCUGGUAUCACGUCUAAAUAUCACAAGUAAAUAAUAAAAUUCACAAAAUCAAGACACAAUGUCAACGUUGUUAAUUUCGACGCACAUUAUUUUACAAGUGGCGUUCCUAUAAGUUCGUUUAUAUAAGUGGCGGCCAAAGUAUUUAAAUUAAAUUAAAUUAGAUCGAAUUAAAUCAACUUCCACAAGAUUAACAAAUAAAUGUAUCAAAAAUGAACUCGUAGGAAUGCCACUUGUAGAAACGGUGUCUGUGUUGAUUUAACAUGUGUUGAUUGGUGUAUGUGUUGAGGUAAAUUAUAUUAAAUGUGUGAGUACUCAAUUGACGUGUUGAAUUUAUCAUGUGAUAUUUUGACAUAUAAUCGAAAUUCCUACGCAUAAAACUUAUUUUUAAAUUGUUUAUAUUUAACAUCUGGUAUUUGUCAUAAUAGAGAUGUUGUAAUAUUCGUGUUAACUAUCAUUGACGCAAAGAACAUCGCUGGAGAUUUUUCAUAUGACUUUUUCCUCUAUUUCAAACUCUUAAUCCAAAUAGUACGGCCAAUAUAUCUUUAAGAAUAGUUUUUGAAGUAUUGGGAUCUCUGCCAGAGGCGUGGCUUAAGAAAUUGCACCUAGCAGUGAAAAUAUGCACUAUAGCUUAUGGGUCACGCUGUUUUUUAUUACUAUUUUUAUAGAAACGCACUCUGUUUUUGUAAUUUUGAAAUAUAAUAUAAAAUUUUCAUUGCAACAAAUUUGAAAAUUUGCACAUAAAUAAUUACAUAGUCCAAGUCUGCUGAUGCAAUUCGACAUAUUCGCCCAUAUAUUCAAUAUCUCUACCAGAUAACAUAUCUGAGUGCCAGAGUUCCCAUUACGUAUUAUAAUUUUGUAUUCUCAUCUUGAUAGCUGAAUUUAUACAUUGCAAUACAACAGUUUUAAAUAAAGAGUUUGAUAUAUUAUAUAAA